GAACAUUUCUAAACUGAGACAUGGAAACACACGCCGGUACAGCAGGUGGCAGUAUGCACCUGUAACGGUAGUUAAUGAACAGGAGGAAGAAGACACACAGGACACCGGUGUGUGUCACAAACUGAAACAGUGUGUCCGUUGAACACGAAGAUGCUCUUCUUUAGCAAAACACCGUGUAUUUAUUCUCACAUAUGUCUCCUGGCACACACACAGCUCAACAUGGUGACUGCGCAGAGACUCGGGAAGCUCUCUAACCAGCUCCGGGGCUUGUCUCAUCUGACGGGGCUUCGUCCGGUAACUAAACAUACCUGCCAGGUUCCACAUAACUGGGUAGAGAGCAGAGGUGAUGGUGACAGGUGGAGGAGAAACAUCUAUCUGACAUCACCAAGACUGGAAGAACCCACCCCUGUGCAGAUCAGUGAGCUGUCAGAGGCGGCCUACGAGAAGCUGGCUGAUGAGACGCUGGAAGCUCUGGCUGAUUACUUUGAAGACCUGAUGGAGGAACCAUUCACUGGAGCAGACUAUGAUGUUGUCUUCUCUAGCGGUGUGGUGACAGUGAAGGUGGGCGGAGACCAUGGGACCUACGUCAUCAACAAACAGACACCAAACAGACAGAUCUGGCUGUCGUCUCCAACCAGUGGACCGAAGCGCUACGACUGGACAGGCAAACACUGGGUAUACAGUCACGAUGGCAUCAGCCUCCACCAGCUGCUAUCUAAAGAGUUUUCUAUCAUCUUCAAUACCAAGAUGGACCUCUGUGACCUGCCCUUUUCCUGAUACGCCAGGCCUGCCAGCGACCCCUGCCUGCUGCUGUGAUUCAUGGAAGCCACAGAGCACAGUGUUUAUGUAUAAUUUAUGAAGAGAGUACUUGCAUAUAAUGACACAGAUCUAUAUUAGUGAACUGUUUAUUAUCUAUGUUAUGAAUUAUGAAUUAUGUAUUAAAGAUUUGUAUUUCAUGGUGAUAACAA